CUAAUCACCUCCAUUGCUUUUUGCACAACACAAUUCACAUCUUUUUCAAUCUAAGAUUUAGGUCACCUGCAACUCAUAGAGUAGACCAUGAUCAACACCAAGAAGCUUGUGGAGAUGGUGAAAAAAGGGCAGAAGGUGGCUGCCCUUGGGAGGAGGAGAAACUCAUUUUUGAGACCCAGCAAUGGCUCUCCAGAUUCAAGUGGGUGCAGCACAUCAGUGGCAGAUAAGGGGCACUUCGUCGUGUACACCACAGACGGAAGACGUUUUGUGGUUCCUUUGGUGUAUCUCAACAGUCCCAUCUUCAAACAGCUCUUUAAAAUGUCUGAAGACAUGUUUGGGUUACCAUGUAACGGGCCUAUCACAUUUCCAUGCGACGCGGUCUUUGUUGAUUACAUUCUCUCAAUGAUCCAAAGAAGCAUGUCUGAAGAUGUAGAGAAGGCUUUGCUUGCUUCCAUGACAGUUGGGCAUUGCUCGAUAUCUACAUUACCACUUGGAGGAUUGCCCGACCAAAACAUGCUUCUUCAUGGCUUCUAACGGAGCCUCACGACCCAUUCAGCAAAAAUUGUUGCCUCUUUCAAAUAUUUUUUAAAUGUAUACAUGAUCUAUACAAUUUUGAUUCAAUCAAAAUCUUGAAUGCUAUUUCUCAUUUUAAGGCUGCAAUUCUGCUUGAGAGAAAU